UUUUCUAACAGCUGUUCUGGUUGAAAAAUAAAACUGUAACUAGAGUUGUUGCGGGCGUGCCAUUGUCACGACACGUUUUGAGAUAUAAAUAAAGAAUUGAAAGAAGAAUUACUACUUCCGUUUCUAGUAAUCUGUCGGCGGUUGAAACUGGUAUAAAGCUGCAAACUGGCAAAGUCAGCUGAUUUCUUUUUGAAGUGCAUGCUAACUGGUAUUGGCGUGCAUGAUGUGUGCAGCAAUGGCAUUAUAUCGAGUUAUAUUCCUGGUGUUGGCAUUGCAUUAUUCAGCCAUCGAAUGUACUGUAGUUAGCAUCAAAGGACUCGGAAGCGUGCAAGGUACAACAAGAAAUCUAAGUGGUAGCCUUGUCGAUACUUUUUGGGGUGUGCCUUUUGGCAAGCCACCCCUGGGAAACUUGAGAUUUGCGCCACCAGAAAAAGUAGAACCAUGGACGAAAGUGAUCAAUGGAACUAAAGUCACCUGUCUCCAAUAUGAUGUCACUACACGGAAGGUUAAAGGAGGAGAAGAUUGCUUGUACCUAAACAUUUUUAGAAAAAGAACUGCAACAGCUAGAAAAAUGGAUGUAAUGGUUUUCAUUCAUGGUGGGAGCUAUACAGGUGGCGCAGGCCAUCAGUAUAAUGGAGAGGCGUUGGCAGCUCUACAUGAUGUUGUGGUUGUCACAAUUAAUUACCGUCUUGGUAUUCUUGGGUUCUACAGCAUUCCCGACACUGAAUUAACCGGCAACUACGGCCUGCAGGACCAGAUUCUUGCCUUAAAGUGGGUCAAGGAACACAUUUCAGACUUUGGGGGCGAUCCAAGCAAAGUGACAAUAUUUGGCGAAAGUGCUGGAGCUGGCUGUGUGUCAUUGUUGUUGCUCUCACCGAUGACUAAAGGGUUGUUUACUCGUGCCAUUGCAGAAAGUGGGUCUGCCUUGAAUAUAUGGGCUGUAUAUGAGAAGCAGAACAACACCAUGGCGUAUAACUUUGCUCAACGUUCGGGGUGUAAUAGAACAAGCACUGCAAAAUGUCUGCGUAGCAAAUCUGCACUUUACUUGUUAUUCAAGCAAAUCACAUCAAAAAGUUAUCCGCUAAUUUCCCCUACUGUCGAUGGCAAAGUGAUAACAGUGUUUCCUUUUCAAGAAAGUAUAAUGGGCAAGUUGCCCGUUCCUGACGUGGAACUUAUGAUAGGUUUUAACAAAGAUGAAGGAACGAUGUUCAUUCCAUCUAUUGAAUGGACUAAGCUUUCAUAUCACCAAACAGUUAAAGAAACCUUACAACUGCGUUACAAAGAAGACACAGCAAUGGCAACCGAAGUUGCAUCCUUUGAGUAUAAUAGGUUUACUAAACCUGAGAAUCUUAGUCUCCAGUUGUCAUGCAAGGAAUUUAUUGGCGAUAUUUAUUUUAGAGAGGGGAUCAUAAGAUUGGCUGGCGACUGGGCAAAAGCAGGAAAACGUGUCUUCCUCUAUUAUUUCACAUUCUUGCCAGAGAACCUUAAAAAUCCUUCACUGGGUGUUUCCCAUGCCAUAGAGCUGGGUUUUGUAUUCGGUAGACCGGUUCUAGGUGCAUCGGAUUGGUUUGUAUCAAACUAUACAAAAACGGACAAGAACAAAAGUCUAAAAUUGAUGAAAAUGUGGACCGAUUUUGCAAAGAACGGUGUUGCUGAUAGCAAGUGGCCAUUGUAUAACCUGACUGACAAGAAGUACCUCGAGAUAAACAUAAAUGACACCGUUCAACAGGACUUCAGCCCGAAAAGAAUGACAUUUUGGCACAACACGCUACCGAACGUACUGGCAUUGGCGAAAGCGAAUACAAAGCAACCAACAGCCACUCCCCAGAUAUGUACAACACAGAAGACGGCGUCAAGUGCACCAGGGAAAGUGGGCUUUACUUACACGCUUGUUACUAUGCUUCUACUUGCAUUUUUUGGUCUGUAAUGAAAUACGAAAUGCACCAAAAAAGCUUUAUUUCAAAUGUGGUAAAGUUCCUUAUUCAGAACUGAUUAAACUAAA